AACGGACUUUCCUGACGAUUACGAUCAUUCACGAUGGCCUCUUCAACAUCAAAGGCCGAAGAGGUGACGGGGUAUGUCGAGGAAACUCCUAAACAGCAGGGCAAGGUUGGGCGACACUGCCGCCGCUUCUGGUGGAUUUGGUUGAUUGCGUUCUGUCUGUUCGUACUGGUCAUUAUGAUCAUCAUGUUAGUAUUCCCUUCCUGCUCCUUCAUGACUUUGGAAAUGAUAUCUGAUGGAGAAGUGUAGCGUGUACGCCAUUCUACCCGCCGUCAGUCAGAAAGAGAUCGACAAGACCGUCCUGAACUUGCAUUCCUUCACAAUCCUCGAGCCAUCGCCGACCUCCCUACUGCUAUCUCUCAACAGCACCAUCACGGGCGCCGGGGGCAUUGCUGCCCAUGCGCGGCUCGAUCCCAUGAAUGUCUCCUUUUUCCUGGAAGACCACAAGCCUAUAGAUCCAUUCAUGUACCUUAAACUUCCCAGCAUCAAGGGAGGAAGCUCCGUCCCCGUCAUCACCACCAAUGUCACCACCGAGAUCGCCUCCGUCUCCGCGUUGACGGAAUUCUCUGCAUUGUUAUUGGGCAGCGAGACCUUGAGGGUGGCCAUCCGCGGACGAUCAACCCUGCGGGCAGGUAAGCUGCAUACGAAGGUCAACUACAACGAGGUCAUCACCAUCAAGGGUAAUCCCCGGAUUCAAUAUCCACGAGUCUCGAGCUGCAAAUAACCUAACGCGCCGUAGGCUUCAAUCAACUCAAGGGAAUGGAAAUCGAAGAAUAUAACCUCCUGAACCGGACGCAGCAAUCCGACGGCUCGAACCUCGGGGGCAAAGUCCUGAUUCCCAACCCCACCGUCUUUGAUAUCCAGAUGGUAAUCUCCACCCCCUUCUCCCCUCUCUUUCCGAUUCGUGAUAUUAAUCCAUCAUCAUCAGGGUGAUGUCCACAUCAACCUGUCCUUUAACGGACAAGCGCUCGGAAACGGUACGAUCCCUGGUCUUCACGUACGCCCAGGCAACCAUACAUACGAUUUCCGAGCAAGGGUGCAAACCGCCGCACUCCUCCGCCUCGCCGCGGCGGGAGGCGGUAACCCCGUCGUAUUGGACGUCCGUGGCAACGGCACCGACAUCAACGGUGUCAGCAUCCCCUGGCUGGCUGAACCGUUGAGCUCGUUGGAGGUUAAAGUCCCGAUCAAGGCGCGGGAAUGAUCUGUUUUGUUUUUUGUUUUUUUUUCUUUCUUAAAAUGCUUCGUAUUCGUUUUUUGGAUUCUUUUUUCCUUUUUUUGGAUUUUUACCCAUGCACGAUGGUUAUCAUCCGGCAUACUGUAUAGUGAUUGGAGGAUAUGGGGGGGGAGGGGAAAGGAAAUAUAAUAAUUCAUUCGA